AUGUCGUCGCAAAUUCCAGACAGAUCAGCGAAUAAGCGAUACCGGUCCCGAUCGCCACAGUCUAGUCAUUCGCAGAAGUUUGCCCGACGGUCUGACGAACGAGACCAACGAUAUGACAACAGCAGAUGGCGAGAGCGAGAUGGAAAUGGCAGAUCGGCGCCAUCCCACGCUCGGGGAAUGAAAGAUCAGAUGCGCCUCAACCAGCUCCAGGAGGACGAGCAGGUGCGUGAGUGGGUGGCGCAGGAGGAUAUCUUCGUUCUCAAGCAGGCCAAAAAGAAAGCGGAAAUCAGAGUGAAGGAAGGGCGCGCAAAACCGAUCGACUGGCUUACUGUGACGCUACGCGUGAUUGAUCCUACGAGAAACCCGCUUGAUGACGAGAUUGCGGAUUCAGAGCUUGACCUAGUCGAUCCUGACGGCAUUUUCGAGGGACUGUCCCCGUCACAACUGCUCGAUCUAGAGAAGGAUAUCGAUACUUUCUUGGGCCUGGAAACUAACUCUCAGAAUAGAGAUUUCUGGAAGACGAUGAAAGUCAUUUGCAAAGAUCGUCAGAAGAUUUCCGCCCCCGAAGGACGUGCCCUGAAUUCCGUUGCCGCAGACAUUAACAAGCUUCUGAGUCCGAAAUCAUACGAACAGCUUCAAACCCUCGAGGUACAGGUCAGGAAGAAGCUGGAUUCCAACGAACCGAUCGAUACAGAUUACUGGGAGGAACUCUUGCGCAGCCUCACUGUCUGGAAGGCCCGCGCGAAGGUGAAGAAAGUUUUCCAGGCCGUGAUAGAUGAGCGUGUUCGCGGUCUUCGCGAGCAGCAAUGUGAAGAAGCUGAGUCUGUGCGGUCCAAGCUAGCUCUGUUGGCACCAGUUGUAUGUGGCAACAAAGCACACACCGAAUCCAUCGAUGAAGAAGAGUUUCGCGGGCUCGAUCCCGACCCUUUGCUGCAAAUUCGCCCAGAGGACAAGGCGUAUGAAGUAAUAGACGAGGACGCUUUCCUCGACCAGGUGGCUCGCGAACGUAGGAAAAUCUUGAAAAUGGGAUUUGUUCCUCUACGGCAACGGCAAGCAGAGAAGCUGUCGGCUGCCGUGGUGAGCCGUACUCCAAAUGCUCCUAUUGCCAGCGCCUCGAACCGAUUUUCCUCAAUACCCAAUGAGGAUUUCUCGCAAGCAACCAAAGCUCUCUAUGAGAGAGAACUAGCAAAGGGGGUGAGCGAGAACGAAGAGAUCUUUACAGGCGAAGAAUCUAUCAGCACAGGCGCAAAACCUCAGUGGGCGAAUAAGUACCGACCUCGCAAACCCCGGUAUUUCAACCGUGUUCAGAUGGGCUAUGAAUGGAACAAAUACAACCAGACCCAUUAUGAUCACGAUAACCCACCACCAAAGGUUGUUCAAGGCUACAAAUUCAAUAUUUUCUAUCCGGACCUCAUCGACAAAGCAAAGGCCCCAACAUAUCGUAUUGAACGCGAACAUGGAAGACGCCGGGGUCAGUCCUUUGUCGCGGCUGGAGAAGAAGACACCUGCCUUAUUCGAUUUAUGGCCGGACCACCAUAUCAAGACAUUGCAUUCCGAAUUGUCGACAAAGAGUGGGAUUAUAGUGCGAAAAGGGAGAGGGGCUUCAAGAGCACUUUCGACAAGGGGAUUUUGCAACUACAUUUCCAAUUCAAGCGAGUUUAUUAUCGCAAAUAA